UUUUUUUUUCUUGUAUAUCAAACGAGUUCUAGAGGAAUCUUUAGAAUACGAUAUGACUUCCUUGCUGAUCCUGCGGCAUGUUCAAUUCAUUUUCUCAAUUGCCAAACACUGUUGAAAUACACAAUUGUUCUUUGCUGGAAAUGAACAAUCGAAAUUGUUCAGUUUUGGACAUGUUGCUGCUUUUACUCCUCUUGGACUCCAGUUGGGCAAACAAUCGUGUAAAGCGCUUAUCAUCGCCGUAUUGUGACGAGGAAACCCAUGAGGUUGAGAAAUAUGUGGUCUCUAUACGUUCACGCAGACCUCAGAUCAUUUUUGGGGACAAUCAUUUCUGUGUCGGCACAAUAAUUGCCCCCAAAUUUGUACUGACCGCUGCCAAGUGUACGAUGAGUCAACAGAAAGUGAUGCAUUUAAAUCGAACCCUUGUUGUUGUGGGCGGCACACCGAAUAGAUUGAAAAAUGUCGAUGAUACGGUUACAAGACGCACUAAAAAUAUUUUUGUGCCAAAGAAUUUUUUAAAAAAGAAUACAAAUAAUAUUGCAUUACUACAACUGUAUGAAUCGUGGCCCUUAAAUAAUCCCAGCAUUGAUAUUAUCAAACUGCCGAGCGCGGAACCGAAUAAUACCACACAGUUUAUGGUACUUGGCUGGGGACGUUUCUAUAAGGGUGGGCCUUUGGCUGGCAACUUGGUGCACAUCAAGGUCAAGUUGCUGGAUCGUUCAAAAUGCCAACAGAUCAUUCAGAAACUUCAACCUGAAAUGCUUUGUGCUGGAAAUGUGACUGGCACAGUUGAUGAAGAUCCUUGUGCAGGAGAUACGGGAGGUCCCAUGAUCUAUAAUCAUACGAUAUAUGGCCUUGUCUCGUAUCGCUUGGGUUGUGGUCAAGACACAAUGCCUUCAAUCUAUACCGAUGUGUGGUACCACAUGGACUGGAUAAAUGAGACAAUUCGAAACUGUUGUUGUCCUUGUCUUGCUCAAGCAAAACUCUGUAUAUCUUUGUUCGUUUUGAUAACAUUGUCAGUUUGGAAGGCAAUUUAAAAGAUAAAAAGUUAAAUAAA